AGGGAAACAGCUCUGAGGGAAGCCGGCAACCCUUGUCGUCGUCGACACCGGAAGUGGGCAUGGAUUAUGGCGGCUUGUGCACCGACGCCGCCGGCAACGGGUUUUCCCACUGAGGGUAGAUGUGGAUACUAUGUGGGGAAAAAGAAGCGAUUCUGCAGAAUGGUGGUUGCAGCCGGGAAGCGGUUCUGCGGCGAGCACGCUGGAGCUGCGGGACCUGGCGCGGAGGUCUGCUUUUCAUCCUGUCCUCCCGGGAGUCGGAGGGCGGUGGGUCCUGGGACGCCGCUCUUCCCGGCAUUCAGAAAUGCUUCUAUUUUAGGUAACAUUGAAAAAUUAAAGUUGCUUGGUCCAAGAAGAUGCUUUGUUGAAUUUGGAGCUGGAAAAGGGAAAUUAUCUCAUUGGGUUGAUAUUGCCUUAAAAGAUGCUGAAAAGGUUCACUUCAUCCUAGUAGAAAAGGUGACCACAAGAUUCAAGGUAGAUGGUAAACACAGAAAGGAAAAUUCAGUAUUUGAAAGACUUCAAAUUGAUAUUCAACACUUGUGUUUGAACAAGGUUCCUUUGCUAAUAGAAGAAAAACUACCUGUGAUAGGAAUUGGAAAGCAUCUGUGUGGUAUGGCAACAGAUCUUGCAUUACGCUGUUUGGUUGAAACCUAUGCUGCCAGUUGUGAGGAAAGGAAUGAAGAACCUUUAGCCAAGCGCAUAAAGAAUGAAACCGCAGAAACAGAAACGAACACUUUGGCCAAGGAAGGAAAUGAGAAAACUGUCCCAGAGAAGUGGACCCCUGUGGCUGGCAUUGUUAUUGCACUCUGUUGUCACCACAGGUGUGAGUGGAGGCAUUAUGUGGGCAAAGAAUAUUUCCGGGCUCUGGGCCUUGGAGCAGUGGAAUUCCACUAUUUCCAGCGAAUGAGUAGUUGGGCAACUUGUGGGAUGCGGAAAACAUCUUUGGAAGUCUCAAAUAGGACCACCAAGAGCAAAGAUCAUGAGAAUGUUGGCAGGGAAGAGCAUGAUGGUGACGGACACAGCGUCACAGAGGAGAGCACUGAUGGUUUACCUGGGUUUCUUACUGUUGGAGAAAAGAAGAGAAUAGGGCAUCUUUGUAAACUGUUGAUUGACGAAGGCCGAGUGCAAUACUUAGAGCAGAAGGGAUUCAGCCCUGCUCUGCAGUACUAUACAGACCCUCUCGUGUCUUUGGAAAAUGUACUGCUAACAGCACUACCAAAUCACUCUUCACCAUAAACAUUUGCAUAGUGAAAAAGAAAUUUUGAACAUCUGUCUUUCCCUAAAAAAAAAGUAACUUUAAAUUGUAUUUUUUAUAUUCAUGAAAAUACAAAUAUCAAUAGCAGGUAAUAUGAACGUAAAUAAAAAUGUGUGGCCUCAUGAA